AUGGCGGAUGUGUGGUCUUGCGGAGUUAUUCUCUAUGCGUUACUUGUGGGGGCUCUGCCUUUUGAUGACGACAACCUUCGAAACUUGCUGGAAAAAGUGAAGAAGGGCGUAUUUCACAUUCCACCUUUUGUAUCUCCUGACUGUCAAUCUUUAUUACGAGCAAUGAUCGAAGUCAACCCCCGGAAACGCAUCACGGUGAGUUUAUUACUUGUGUCCCCUGGAAUUUAUGUUUCCCAAACCGGGCCACCUGUUGAUUUAUUAAGCAUCCACGUUAAAAGAAGUUUUGGAGCACAGAUGGGUUACCAGGUCAUUGCUGUUCCUUCCUCUAGUGAUACUUCCAUGCCUCUCCAGUUGGAAUUACCAAUGACCCAAGCCGUGCAAACGGCAGUUAUUCCAACCCGCGCUGACAUUGAUCCGGACAUAUUUGGGACCAUGACAUCUCUGCAGUGUUUCCGUGACCAAGAGAAACUUGUGGAAGAACUGCUUUCACCCGUACACAAUACAGAGAAAGUCAUCUACUUCCUACUGCUGGACCGAAAGUUACGAAAUCCAAGCGCAGACGAUCCGGAGGAAAUCCGUUCAAGGAGUAGUACACCUGACCCACCACGGAAACGCAUAGACAGUCUCAAGUUAACGCUGAACGGAUCCUCUCGCCUAUCGCUUGGAAACUUAAGUGAAGGUUCACCUUUGUCCGGUAGACGGGGGUUGGCUGUGCAAAAGCUACGCAAGAAAUCUUUUUCCAGUGGUCUGGACAGUCAAUCGAGUACACCUGCUGUUAGUCCAUUGGGGUCCCCACUCUCUUUACAGCGAGUACACUGUCGCACUGUGAGUUGUGAGAGCACGGGCACCAUUCUUUCCUCGCCUAACUCACUUGCCAUCCCUUCACCGCAUCGUGCCCAGGCGCCGACGAUUUCACGACAUCCACCCAACACUAUCCCAACCCCAGUAGCAGCCGUAUGUUCAGACAACGGGGUGCAAAACACUGCCGUUUCAGUUCAUACGGCAGGCAAAACACUUCACUCUGUUCCUUCCGAAGCUGUAGGUAUUCCCGUCGUCAGUACUGCAGUCGGUCACCCACAACACGGUUUGAAUUUUUAUUGUUUCGGUAGCAUUCCACCUUUGGGACCAGGAGCACAACACCUGAUGCACCCUCCGAUGGGACCCUUGCCGGUACCAACCACAAUGGCGACCCCCUUCGUGCCAGCACUACAUCUCCUUCCACAUUUGCAUCCGAAUCCUUUUACUGGAGGACCAUAUCUUAUCCCGACCAUGCCCCCGUUCCCAACUCCAUUGCCACCCAUGCCAGCACAGUCUCUUACGCAGCAGCAACAGCAAAACCCAAGUUCAGCAUGCAUCCCACCUCCAGGCAACACUCUUAAGUCACCAACACACUCAAAACCAACACAGUCUAUGAUAGAACAAACCUCACCUCUGGCCACUACUCCAGUGAACGCAGAAUCAGAUGGCCAUUCCUCUGUAGCGUCGACGAUAAACUGCGCGGAAUCUGCAUCACCAACUUCCACUGAGGAACUUAUUACGGUGGAUGGACAAACUAGGUUGGAUGCUUCCACCCCUCGACCAAUCGACAGUCCGGGCCCUUCGGACAGGCAACCGAACGAAGGAAGGACCAAAACCUACUCACCAGUUUCCCAAGUAUCUGGAGACGGUGGUUGUAGUGCUUUACGUAUGGUUUCACCAAACACUGCACCCUCUUCACCUGUUGACCUGAUAUCGAGCCGUCCGAAGCGAUCCUCUAUUCCAAGUUCCCCGCCUGCUUACGUGAAUCGACACAACAGAGAUGCGUACCCGGUACAGCCAAUCAACUUAUCACACAGCAAGCAAGCUCAUCUCGCCUCAAGCACCACAAACGAUAAGACCCGUGCGAACGGUUCCGCCCUCUGCAGCCCUACACCAUCUGUACGAAGUAUCAAGUCACCCCUGCUUUACUCCUCCUCAUCCUCUACUUCACCGAGUGCAGACAAACGAAAAACUAUCCACUGCGAGAGUCCUAGAACAAAUGUUGAUUCACGAUCCACCGCCAGCCCAUCUCUCUCUUCUCCUAACAGCCGUACUCGGCACGUAGUCACAUCUACCCCGAGUUCCACACCGUCCGCAACAACGCCAACCAGUCCAAACGCGUCCAACCAACCAUGGAGAGCAAAACUGACAAAUCUAAAGAUGUCUUUCUUGGGCUCACCACGCUUCCACCGAAAGAAAUCUGGUCUGGUCGAAGAGACGCCUCCAAGUAGCCCAAAAGUUUCCGGUUUCGUUCACAACAGACAAACCAACCCAGGCCGCUCAGUUCCAUCAGAACCCUCUCCACUAUUAACGCAUAAGUCAUGGUUUGACGGAUUCUUAAGUGCAGCAUCAGGUCACGUGAUUUUCAAAGGUAGCCAGCACGCUUUCAAUGCCGCAGCAGCUGCAGAAGAUGCGGCUGCAUUGGCAAUUUCAACUAAUGCGAAAUCGAAAGAGAUCAAUUCUGAUGAGUCCUCUCUGUCAAAGGUCAACAAUUCACCCGACCUUAGCACCACUCCUCCAUUGGAUAAUCUAACUGAAGAAACAUGCUUCACAGCAGAUUCGCCAACCUCGUCAGUGGCAACGAAUGACGAAGUCAACGCAACAAGCAAUAACUCCCAAUCAAGUCGUAUCCGUACUAACCGCCAGGUAACGAUCCACGAGCCCCCUGUAAGUACGGAGCUGAAGGUCGGAACUUCAAAGACGCCAGACACUGCUGGCUUGUCAAACAAGUCAUCAAAUGAACGGAGGUCAGGGAAGGCUGCAACUACUACGAGCAAUGCAAGCACUGUGCCAGAGGAAACGAACCAUGUUGUUAUGAUUAAAGGACGUGCACUUAAUCGGCUAAAAGCCGAAUUAGUUCAGGUCUUUCUUGCCACGCCUGGGGUGGUGCAUACCGUCAUUUCGCCGACGAGUUUCCGCGCUGAAUAUCGUCGCACUGGUAGUGGAUCUACCCUGUUAGCUCGGCCUGUAAAACUUCAGGUGGAUAUGGUACGUGCAACCGGAGGCAUUAGUACAGGGAGCACCUCCGGUAAAUCUUUGUGUUCGGUUCCAUCAGAACGUGAAGUUUAUGCGGUCAACUUCCAACUCUUGUCAGGUCCGACGCGGCGAUUCAAACGAUUGUGUGAUCAGCUUCAAACAGCGCUUCUAGCCGGUCCUUCGCAGCCUAAUUUUUCUGCGGCUUCAGCCGUUAGCAACGGAUGUGGCAGCAACAAAUCCCUCAUGUCUGACCAUUCUCAUACUCACCCACCCGCAUCCGGCCGAUGUGUGUCCCUAGCGGAACGAGAGGAUGGACUGGUAAACUCACAUCCACGCAGCGAAAUAAUUCGGAACAUCCAAGCUAAAUCGCCCGAAUCCUCAGGAUGUUGGAAAUCGGAUGAGCCAGAUUCGAGCAACAGUGAGACUGCAAACCAUUCCCAACCGCCUUCCUCGCCAAAGCAGUUCACACUCCAAACAAGUCCAGUUAUCAGUAUGGUAGGGAGACUGGAGAAUAACGGGAUCGGAAACAAAGCAUUUGAUAAUUCUGGUGAAUGCAAGGGUUGAACGCAAGGGUUCAACACGGUUCACUGUCGCUCAAUUGUGCCAUCCUGCUUGCUGCCAUAAUCAAUCUGAUGAGCACCCGAUGUGGAAUUAUGCACAUACAUUUUCAGUUGUACAUAUGUAAAACAAAAGCAUUCUCCACGGCGGUGUCGUGGAAUGACGUUUCAGAGUUCUCUUUCAGCGAAGUCAGUGAUGUCUGAUAUUAAAUUAAUUAUUCAUCUUUCGUAUUCAAGCGAAGUCCAACCAACCGACCAUUCAAAGGUUCGUGAUCGAGAGUGCAUCUCCGAAAACCCUCGCCCACAUUGGCUCUUCUAUUCUCAACCACCGUCCGCAUUCUUCUUAAUCAAUGAAAAUCCUUUUUCCCUACUCUGGCUUCUUCGAUUUCCCGCACUCACAGUCAACUCUGAAUUGACGGAACCUUUCGUUGAUGAUGUGUUCUCCGUCAACUGCGGCUGCUCAUUUUCUAAUUUUUCCCUUUCGACAACACUGAUUGAGUUACUUUUUGUUUCCUUCUAUCGAUGGACUGCGAGUGCACAAAAGCAGCGAUUUCCAUUUCUACUGUCACCUUCACAAAGCUGUCUCAUACACAUAAAAACGACCAAAGCCUCGCCCUGUUUUUCUCGCUGAGUGAUGCUGUCGCAUUUACGACUUCAGAGUUCCUUUCUCUGUACAAUACGUGCAAACAUUCGGCUGACAACUUUGAAUGAUCCAUCGACAUUAACCUUGUACAAGUUGUUUGCUUAGGAUGUACGCAUUCGCUAGUUCUUAAAAUUCAACUUUGC